CGCAAACGUCCUUAAAACAGAAGCUAACAGUUGUGUUUCAGACGCUAACAGUUGUGUUUCAGAAGCUAACAGCUGUGUUUCAGAAGCUAACAGUUGUGUUUCAGAAGCUAACAGUUGUGUUUCAGAAGCUAACAGCUGUGUUUCAGAAGCUAACAGCUGUGUUUCAGACGCUAACAGUUGUGUUUCAGACGCUAACAGUUAUGUUUCAGAAGCUAACAGCUGUGUUUCAGAAGCUAACAGUUGUGUUUCAGACGCUAACAGUUGUGUUUCAGAAGCUAACAGCUGUGUUUCAGAAGCUAACAGUUGUGUUUCAGAAGCUAACAGUUGUGUUUCAGACGCUAACAGUUGUGUUUCAGAAGCUAACAGCUCUGUUUCAGACGCUAACAGUUGUGUUUCAGAAGCUAACAGCUGUGUUUCAGAAGCUAACAGCUGUGUUUCAGAAGCUAACAGUUGUGUUUCAGACGCUAACAGCUGUGUUUCAGAAGCUAACAGUUAUGUUUCAGACGCUAACAGCUGUUUCAGAAGCUAACAUUUAUGUUUCAGACGCUAACAGCUGUGUUUCAGAAGCUAACAGUUCUGUUUCAGAAGCUAACAGUUAUGUUUCAGAAGCUAACAGCUCUGUUUCAGAAGCUAACAGUUAUGUUUCAGAAGCUAACAGCUGUGUUUCAGAAGCUAACAGUCAUGUUUCAGAAGCUAACAGUUAUGUUUCAGAAGCUAACAGCUGUGUUUCAGAAGCUAACAGUUAUGUUUCAGAAGCUAACAGCUGUGUUUCAGAAGCUAACAGUCAUGUUUCAGAAGCUAACAGUUAUGUUUCAGAAGCUAACAGCUGUGUUUCAGAAGCUAACAGUUAUGUUUCAGAAGCUAACAGCUGUGUUUCAGACGCUAACAGCUGUGUUUCAGAAGCUAAACUGAUGUUUUAGGGAUAUUUUACUGGAGAGCAAGACAGAAACACUGAUGAGGAAAACACAGUUUGAACUGAUGAAUUGAACUUGAUUUUUCCGCCCCGUCUGACCCCAGAUCAGCCACAAAACCUCCGAUCAUCCAUUUACAUGAUGCAUAUCAAGCUUCCGCAGGUCCCGGUGCAGCUCGGCGCAGAACUCUCUUUUAUCUCUGGAUAUGAAAUGAAUAUUCAGCUGAAGGGAGAUGAUCUGCGGUUCAGGACAGUCGCCCAGUAUUUACAUG